UCUGUCACUUCGUAAGCGUAAACAAAUAAAAAUGCGCAAUUUUUCUUCAAGGACCAACGCAUGGGAAGGAAAUAUCUUGUAAACUUUUAUUCGACAAACUUAAUAGUUAAGUGAAUUAUAUUGUGAUUACUAAGAAAGCAGUUUAUUAUAUUGUCUAUAGUGAAACAUCGAUCCAAACAGUUAUGAGUCAAUGGAAGAAACCAGACGAAAUUCUUCGCCUGCAGCGUCUGAAGCAGAAGCAGAAAGCACUCCAGGCCCGUAUUCAAAGGCCAUCUGGCAUAGGCGUUGCGGCUUCCAGCGUACAGGAAUCGGAUCCAUUUUCUGGUAGCCAGAAGAGGAAAAACCCCUUCGCAAAGAACGAAAACAAUGUCACUAAAAAACAAAAGCAGUUUGAUCCGGACGUCACAAACGAUGAGAGCAUUUUUGAACUACUGAACAAAGCUACCCCAAAAGAAAUUCCCGUGAUUGACUUACCCGCUACAAAACCUCUCGAAACUCGUUUCCUGGAUUCACAUCACCAAUUAGUAAUCAACCAAGCUGAUCCUCAUGAAACCCCAGAAGAACUAAAUAAACCAUGCAAACACAUUCCAAUUCACUGGGGCAUCAAAAAUAGAUUAAGAAUUGUUUGCAAAUCUUCACUUCCCGGCAAUAACCUCCGCACCAAUCAGGAAGCAAGCGGUCUAACGUCUUUCGUUCGGUGCAUCGGUAUAAAAGAUUCGUCCGUCGGAUUGGACAUCUCCCCUGGGGCAAGAUUUUAUCAAAGCACUUUAUACUGGCAGCACCCCCAUCUGCCUUGGCUGACACUGUUCCCCAGAAACGCCAAAUCUAACCACGGAACUGUGCUGGGAGAAGCGGAGCGUAGUGCCCUGGGGAAAGAGUGGGCGAUUAGCUUUCAAAAUCUGUUCCAACUUGUCCGAGCCAGGCAGUGUCCUUACUUUUAUGUAUGUGCCAACAGCUUCACUGUGCUGUUCAGGGCAGCUGGGAUCGGCGGACGGGUGGAAACUCAUGCCCUGCUCGCACCAACUUCGCGUGGUAUGCGAGCGGCCCUGAAACAGGAGGACAUUGAAUUCACGAUGCCCCUGAAGAAAACGCAAGAAAAACAAGAGAUGAAUCGGUCGGGCGAAUCGGGCAUAAGCGUCAACAAUGGAAGCUUUUCCAACUCAUCCGAAGAUCAAACCGCAAAUACGGUACCGGAUGAAGACGAAGAUGACGAUGACAUGGAAGAGGAGAAGUGGUUGGAGAGCUUGGGAGUCGAAGCAGAGGAAAUCAAAAAAAUAAACUACUAUCAAACGAAAAAGCAACAGAACCGAGAAUGUGAAGACGAUUACAGUGACCAGUCGACGGUUCUCAUCGAAGGUGUUGAGUGCCAAGCAUUUUUCAACUUUUUGCUGAACGCGAAAAGUACAACGACGAAGGUCGGACGCUUAGCAGGUGUGCCUCCUACUUUGUUGGCCCCGGUAGCAUUCGUAGGCGCUACUUUGCGAACGCUCACAACUCGCUCAAGCAAAAUCAGAAUGGACGGCGAAGACUAUCACAGCACGGAAUUGCAGGGAGUUAUUCUGCCACAUGUGCUGCCCUACCUAUGUGGUCUGCUGGCAGAAACGAAGGACAAUUUCAGCACAACGUUGGUCAGUAUCCCAAGUACUACGGUAUUCAGUCGGGUGUCUCAAAAGAUGAUUGACGAUACUGAUAAAGAAAACGAAGCCACUGCUAUCGGCGAUCAGGUGCUGUGGAAAGAAAAUCUUUCCGACAGUGGACUUUCGGAGCACAUCCUGGAAGCAAUGUGCCGGGCCAGUAAGGAUUCAGUGAAUGAUUUGGAACGAUUAGUUUAUUGCAAAGAAGCAGGAGGCUACACAUGGAGCUAACAAAAUUCUAUUUUAAAUACAAGCCAAUAGCCAACCCAAUCAAAA